GAAAGAGCUGUGGGAAGCAGAGUGGACAGGGAGAGAGAGUGGAUGUCCAGCCAGAGAGAACCAAGAGGAAGCAGUUAAAGUGCUAGCAGGAGAUCACAGAGUUGGAAGCUUUAGGUUGCUACACAAUGGAGGUGCAUACAGAGUGUGCAGACCCUCCCGCAGCCCCUCAAUGUGACCCCCAGCCCACUGGGAAGAUCAACAAAGCUGCCAUGAAGCUCUUCGGAAAGCGACGGACUGGCUCUGGAAUGGCCAGCUUCUUCUCCUUCAGGAACAAAGGAGCCACGCUGAGUGGGACAAAUGGGAAUUCUGACACCGGGAAUUCGGUGAAUGGGAAUGGUUCAAUGUCAUCCGUCGAGCUGGUGAGGAGCAAAACGCAUGAUGGACUCACUGGGUCCAACAAUGACACUGAUGCACAGAGAGGGGAGGGGCUGGAGGUAGGGACUGUGAGGUCGCUCAGUAAAUCGCUAAGUUUCUUCUCUCUGCUACGACGUGGUAGUUUUAGGUCAAGUGAAAAUGGUGGCGGACUUGUGCGGAGAGGGAAGGGCUUGAAGGGCUUUUUCAGCAGCAUGCGAUGGCGACGUAAGGACAAAACAAACGAGGGAGACGGGGAAGAGUUAGAAAGCCAGAAGGACAGGGAUGUUGCUGUCCCUGUAAGGGCAAAGGAUGUCACCCUCACCCUUGAACCGACACCGCAUCAUCCCAGAGAGGAUCAUGGGAAGACAGAGGCAGAAUGUAACCCCCAAGCAGCCAAGGCUCACAUUACCAGUGUUUCUCUGACGCCCAUACACUGUGUGCCAGGCCCAUCUGGUGAGCCAGAUUCCCCCUCUCAUUACAAACCCAGUGACUCGCCUUUGCACCCAACUACCAGCGAUGCAAAAGCCUCUGUUUCUAGCCUCACCCCCUCCCUCGCCACGCCCCCCUUGGAGCGUUGCAGCGCAGGUGACCCACCAUCGGAACCCUCGGUGGACCGCCUGUGCUCGCAUCUCUUCAACGACGUCACAUCCCUCAAGAGCUUUGAUUCACUCACCGGCUGCGGGGACAUCAUUGCUGAUGCAGAGGAGGAGACGGUGGGUAAUGGGGGCAGUGGUACCAGUAGCAGCAGCAGCGGGGGCGGCGGUGGCGGCGAAGGGGGAGCUGGUGCGGUUAGGCCACGGGGUGUCACCUGUGCCGCCACUCUCUGCUCCCCAUCAAAGACCUCUAUACCGUCUCAGUUGGCUCAACCAAUAUUCACUGCAUCUUCUUGCCAAGUGUCAGCUUCUCUUCCUGCCCGUGCCCGGGUCAUGUCCACCCCUCAGCCACCCCCAGUGGGCAGUGGAGUGGUGGCCUAUAUGGGUGGCGGGGAGGAAAUGGCAAGUCCAGAGGGAGUGGAUGAUGCAGACAUGCAGGGGCUAUGGCAUAUGUUGCCUUCCAACGGGGACAACUCCCCUGCUCUUUCCCGAUUUCACCAACCCUCCUCCAUCACCUCCACUUACCCCCUGCGCAACCUUGACGCCAUCAACAGCCAUCAACCAUCAGCCAAGCUACCCCAAGUGAAGUCUUUGGGUCUCAGUAAGAUUCCUGUGGUUGGUGGAGCAGGAAGUCGGGCGACAAAGCCCUACCUACCUCACAGUCGCAAUCCAGCAUCACCUGGGGAAAAAGAGCCACUCAGCGAUGAAGGUUACUGGGAUACACCAUCAGCAACGCCCACAGCAACACCUGAUGAAAGCGGGCUACAACACAAACACAAGAUGUCCCGCGACAGCUGCUCUGGAGACCACCUGUACGACCUCUAUAACGAGGGCGACGACGACCAAAACAGUUCUUCCUCCCUGUCAACCGAAUACAAACUCAGUCCACCUUCUUCUUCGUCCUCCUCUUCCUUCCGGUCCAUGAAAGGCAGCACCAGUCUUCCCCGAGAGUCCAAAAUCCCAGUAAGCGCCAGACAAACAACACCCCCGCACUCUGCGAGCCAAUCAGCGCUGUCGUCCGUCCUGGAGGCUGAAUCCUCGCCGCCAAAGACCCAAGCACCCCCUCCCACUCGCACCAGAAUCCCCGUAUCCAAGGUACCCGUGCGUCGCUCCGGAAACAAACCGAGCGCCACAAGCAGACUUCCCACUAUUGCCUCUAAGAAGUAGCUUCAACUCAAUCCCACGCCUCCAUGAACUCGAGAGGCUGACCCUUCCGUGCUGAGCCAAAGGUUUUUCCCAGCCAAGAAAAAUGUUGCGCUAUGGAGUUAACAGCCUAGAAAUUCCUUUCAAAUCUUAAAAGCGCCCUUUUCAAAAAGGCCAGAACAAUGCAGGCUUGUUCACCUGGGAGAAGUCGCAAAGAGACACCAACAAAACUUGGAUUACUUUGAAAGCUGACCCUGACAAUCCAUGAACUCUGAGAAGUUCAUCUUGCAACUACCUGGGAAAACUGCAAGUCUCAGGGUCUGAUUUGAAAGCAAACAAAGCCACAGCUGCUCUUUAAAAAUACUUUAUGAAAUGAUCAGUUUGGAACAGAAUGACCUUUGAAUAAUUUGAUUUUAGAGCCAAAGUGUCAUUACUUAAAUAUUGCAUUGACCUGAAUGUAAGACAGUAUUUCAGUAUGAAAAAAGGAGAACUUUUCACAUAGCAGAUCUAAGCUUUCCUUUUCCUUUGGAGAGUGGUAACUUUAGAUACAAAUGGGUAGCUAAUUUGGCACUCUUAUAGGUAACAACCGAAGUCCAUCGGUACUACGUAAAUGUAAACGGUGCUAUUUUCGAUACCGUGGUUGCACACGACGUCACAUCCGGUUGCGGACUCGGCACCUUCUUAAGCACUUGGCCGGGAAACAAGCAUUCAAGCACUCAGAGCGGACUCGAGGUAAUAUUACAAUUUUCUAUGUCAACAAAGCAAUGCUCUAGCUCGAUGCUAAUUUACAUUGGAUUUGCCAAAGACAUGCUGCUGAUUAGCAUUAGCGAUUUUACAAUGUGCUUUCGACACCUACAAAUAUGGUAAUGAAAACUACAACUAAGAUGCACAAUGUAAUACAUUUUUUACACGUUGUAGUGCUCAACAAAAGACUAAACUGGCACAUUCAACUCAAUGGUAAAGACUACUUCCUGGCUAAGGCAACACACCGUAGCCUAUACCCUACUGCCAUCUAAGGUCUUGGAAUUGCAACUGCAUGCAAAGUCUACUAUAUAACACUUGCAAAUGAGACACAGACGUGUAAGAAAACAGGAUAACAACUCGACAGCACAGUUCUGUGUUAAAUGUUGAGGAAAAACAUUUUAUAUAUUUACUAACACAUUUCAACACAGGUACCAAAAAUUGGUACCAAUUUGUAUCGAUUCUGAAGGUCCGGGAAUUGGUACCUUAUCAAUUGAAAUAUGAAAGGUACCCAUCCCUAAUUUUAGACAAUGACGAUCAUUUGACCCUUUACACAAAAUCAUGUGUAGAUAAAUAGUGGUAAUUGUUUAUUAAUGGUGACUUUUACACUUGCACAGAUCAGCAUGUCUAAAAACGGUCGUCUUAUGUUUAGGUCAAAAAGGUAAAAGAAGAAUAAAAAGAAGCCAUUUUAAAAAUGGUUUUAUUAUGGAUUUGACUAAACAUCUGCAUCUCUUUGGGACUUGGCAUGAACUUUCAAUUGUGGAUGGCCGGACUUUGAUUUCUGCACUCCCACAAAACCAAAUGCAUUAUGGGAGGUUUCUUCAAUCUCUGGGAUUUAUGACUUACACCGGUGGGAAUGUCAACAUUGAUGAUAUUGUAACCACACGCUAACACGACAGGCACUCCCUUCUGCAUGCAGGGCUUACACAUGCAAGGCACAAAGGUCAGGGAACUCACUCUUCAAAAAUGUUUUCUAGCUCCACUGAAUGACUUUUGCAAAAAACAAUACUUCUAUAUGUAGUGCUUUUUUAAAUAUCCUAUCUGCACAGAUUUAAUACUGUGACUACUCCAGCUUUCUAAUAUCCUUUCUGCUAACAUACUGUAGAUGUGAAUGGUUUACAGGGUGGGAUCCUUUCUUCCUGAAUAUGUUUUUUAAAUAGGCUGUGACCCCAAAAUAGCAAAUUUUUCUAUUGUUGGACCAAUACCCAAAAAGCCAUGAUGUGUUGCUGGAUAGGUAAACACUGUAGAACCCAAGGAGCUAUUCCAGGUGUGUGUAAAACUGAAUGUAGCUUGACAUCGCUGUAGAUCAAUCAGAUUAUAUUUUUUGUGCGUCUGCAGACUUUUUUCUUCAGUCUCUUUUUUUUUAUAGGAUCAGGACAAACGACUGUAUAGCUUUUAGACCCCCCCUGAAAACAACUUUUGCAAUUUAAUAGCAUUUUGGUUCUUCUGCCCUCCGAUAAACAGAGAGCUUUUUUAAAUGCAAAGUCAUUUUCUCUGCUCCAAGGGGUCAUGUUAACCCUUCCAUCUCACGGAAAAGUGUAAAUAUUGAUCCACUCCAGGUCUGCAUACUCUUUACCUCCUUGACUGUAAAACAAGUACCUUGGUUUUACACCAUUUCAGGGAGGUCAGUAAGGAAACAAACAUUAUUUGUCUUGUUUAUUUGUUCAGUUUGAAAGCCCUUUCACUCUGCUUUUCGUGGGUUUUUUGAGCGUUGUUAGGGAAGGACGUCACUUUGCAGUGUUUCUACUCAAAAAUAUGGUUAUUACACCACAAAGGCCACAGAGAAUUUUUUUUUUUUCACUUGGUACCACCUCAAGAAAUAUGUAUAUUUUUGCUUUACAGGUGCCCCCGCAUUUACAAGUGAUUUUUAAUGAAUUAAUAAUGAAAAUAUUUUAAAUAAAUCCAUAAAUUUAAACAAUAAUUUUAUUCGUACAGCACAUGUCAUUGAUAUAUUUGUGAUUUUAUUUUGAAUAAACAAUGUCAAAUGGUGGUGGUUAUUUUUUAGUAGAAUUUGAUGGAGCCCACGUAGCACAGUUUGAGAAUAUUCACUCAUGUUGUUAUUCUUCACAUUCUGGCAUCACCUGAUUUUUUUGUUUCCACAAAGUAUGACUUGUUCUGUGAAUUGAUCAAUUGUUCUGCCCUUAUCGCCCACAAAUAUGUAAUGCUGCAAUGCAAAAGCACAGUUUUCUUUUUCAUUUAUUUGCUGUGAAGUCUCGCCACUUUUCAUAUUUAAUGAAUAAACGUGUUUGCUAACUUCUAA